AACUCACCCAUCUCGGUUAUGUGAAAUAUGUCAAGGUUGUUUGAGUGAUUGUGAGUAUUACUUUGAUGAGGUUUAGAGAUAUGAAGCUUUAUUUAACAGUAUUAUUUACUUUAGUGGUAUUUUUCUCCAAAUAUGUUUACGCCUUACGAGCUGCGCUUAAACACGCCAUCGAUUCGACCUCAGGGUCGGAACUGGACAUACGAUUUGGAGAAGAUUUUGAAGGAUCUGCUGCUGGCUCGCCGUAUUUGCAACUUCCCAUUUUCCAGCAUUCUAGAAUCCCUCUUUUGGACAAAGUGCAGUUCACUCCAAAGCGUGGGUCGGGCCUUGAACAACUGCCCGAAGCGACGAAAGAAGUCCUCGUCCCGCGCGUCACUGUACGCGAGAGCUCCCGUCGACGCGGUCGAUCACAACAAGUAAACGUCGUUUGCCUAAAGAAGAAAAUGAUGGUUCAAGUCAACAAACAGAUUUUAGGACACGAUAGCUUGGGGUCUGAGCUAAAACUGGGAACAUGUGACGUCAGCAAGACUACAAAGCACUAUCAUGUGUUUAUUUACGACAUGGAUCAAUGUGGCAGUAAAAGACAGUUAAUAAACAAAAGAGUAACAUAUUCCAACAUACUGCGCUACUCUCCAGAGGUGGAACCGUGGCCGAUCCGCCGUGCCAUGCCUUUCUCGCUCCCUGUUGAGUGUCACUUUUAA